ACAUUGUGGUUGGAUUUUUGUUUAUAGUAUUCUCUAUCCUGUUCGGACUUCAUGAUUCCGCCAGUGCAGGCGCGAACCUUCAGCUGUGCAAGGGACAAAGGUUACCGUUUUCUUUCAGAAUUCCCCUAGUUCUGCGUUGUUACUGAAAACCAAACUGUGGACAGACAGCCGAUCAAACAAUGGAUGAGAAGCCUGAAUUGGACCAAGACACUAAAACUGAAGAGGAUGAGUCAUCUACUGCUCCUGACCCAGGGUUUCUGAAGAUCGUCGUUAUUAAUGAAAAUGGAGAAGAGGAAGAGGAAGAAGAAGAAGAGGAGAAGGAAGAGGAGGAGGUGGAGAGGUCAUCUAGCGUUCCUGUCCCAGGGCGUCAGAGGAUGAUGAUGAUCAAUGAAGAAGGAGAGGAAGAGGAGAUGGAGUACAGCACAGAGGGUGAGGGUCAAAGUGUCCAAUCUGAUGGAAGCCGGAAUGGAGACGACAACAGGAAAGGAAGACGUCGUCAAGCCAAGCCCACAUUCCCAUGCUCUGUUUGUGGAAAGAGCUUCACUCACAAGAUCAACCUCACAAGGCAUCAGCUGAUUCAUACUGGACAGAAACCAUUUCACUGUGAUCAUUGUGGGAAGACGUUUAACCAGCAAUCUAGCCUCAAGAAACACCAGACCAUGCAUUCAGGAGAAAAGCCAUUUGAGUGCUCUGAGUGUAAAAAAAGGUAUAGUUCUAAGCAAAAUCUGAAGGUUCACAUGCGCACACAUUCAGGAGAAAAGCCCUACGAGUGUCCACAAUGUGGGAAGAACUUUACUUACGAGAGCAGCUUCAAGAACCACCUGAUGAAGCAUUCUGGCGAAAAGCCAUUUCAGUGCUCCAAAUGUGAAAAGAAUUUUAUUUUAAAAAGUGAACUCAAGCAGCACCAGAUGAUCCAUACAGGCGAAAAACCAUUUCAGUGCUCUCAGUGCGGAAAGGGAUUUAGACUAAAAUACAAACUCAAACUUCACCUGAGGUCCCAUACAGGGGAAAAACCAUUUGAGUGCUCACAAUGCGGAAAGAGUUUUAGUGAAAAGGCCACUCUGAAAAAACACCAGAAAUUUCACACAGGGGAAAAGCCAUUUCAGUGCUCUGAAUGUGGAAAGACAUUUGGCGUAAAGAGCAAGCUGGACAUACACAUGAGGAUCCACACGGGAGAAAAACCAUAUCCGUGUUCCCAGUGUGGAAGAAACUUUCGCCACCUGGGUGACCUUCAGAAACAUCAGAAACUCCAUUCAGGGAAAAAACCAUUUCAGUGUCAGUACUGCGGAAAGACUUUUGCCAUAAUUAGUUAUCUCAAAUCCCACGAAAGGGUUCACACAGGGGAAAAGCCCUUCGAGUGCUCUUUAUGUGGAAAGAGGUUUAGUCAUCAGAACAGUGUCAGCACCCACCAGAAAGCCCAUACAGGGGAAAAGCCAUUCGAGUGCACUCAGUGUGGAAAGGUAUUUCGUCAAAAGAGCAAUCUCAACAAGCACCUGAAACUGCAUAAAGGAGAGAAACCAUUUGAGUGCUCUCAGUGUGGGAAGGGCUUUACUUACAAGAGCUGCUUGAAGAAGCAUCAGAAGAAGAAGCAUUCUGGUGAAAACAGCAACCAAAAACUUGAUAAAGAGCUACUUGAGGAAAAGAGUGGAAAGAGUUUUGGUCCUGAGAACUCUCAGGAGAGCAGUGUGAAGAGGGCGAUGCCGUCCGAGGAGAGACGCUUUCAGUGCUCUCGGUGUGGGAAGACGUUUAACCACCAGUCCAACUUGAGAAAACACGAGGCAAUCCACUCAGGAGAAAAGCCAUUUCACUGUUCUCAAUGCGGGAAGGGAUUUACAGAUGUGUGCAAUUUCAAGAGACACCAGAUGGUCCAUUCUGGAGAGAGGCCUUUUCUAUGUUCUCAGUGUGGAAAGGGAUUUAGUGAAAGGAGCAAACUCAAUGAACACCUGAGAUCCCAUUCAGGGGAAAAGCCAUAUCAGUGCCCUCAAUGUGGAAAGUGCUUUGGUCAAAGGAGCAAUCUCAAGAGCCACCAGAAAUACCUCCACACGGGGGAGAAGCCGUUUGAGUGCUCUGAAUGUGGAAAGCGAUUUGGUUUUAAGAACAAGCUGGACAUACACAUGCGGACUCACACAGGCGAAAAACCGUUUCCAUGCCCACAGUGUGGAAAGAACUUUGGUCAUCAGCACGAUCUCAAAAAACACCAGAAACUCCAUACAGGGGAAAAACCAUUUGAGUGUUCUCUUUGUGGAAAGACUUUUGCUUUAAUCAAUUAUCUAAAAUCCCAUGAAAGGGUUCAUACAAAGGAGAAACCCAUAUGAGUGCUCUCAAUGCAGAGAGUUUUGGUCACUUUUAAUGAUUAGCAGAUCCAGGUCCAUUCAUGAGAUCCGCAAUUUUCUGAAAGUGGAAGGAGCUUUAUGGUUCCAUGGGCAGCCCUAUUGAACACAUGUUCCGCUCUCACAGUGAUUUGAAAGUCAUGAUAAUCAGGCUGGUUCUAAUGGCCUCCAGGAGAUCCAGUAAGGGCUUCCGCACACCGGCCCCGACAAAGUGCUAAGCACUGCUCAGCUAAAAUUUGAUUCCAUUGUUUUCAAUAGAACCACGCACACUGGCGCCGAUGUCCGUGGACAUUGGCCGAUGUCGGAUAGCAAUUAGAGACGAGUUCNAUUUUGUCGGCNCCGCCCAUUGACUAUCAAUGCAAUGUUUGUGUGAAAUUUGGUUUGGUGGUCCGAAUUCUGUCGGAAGCAAAAGUGCGCCGCACUUUGUCGGAGCCGGUGUACGGAAGCCCUCAUACUGCUGUCAGGCCGGGGUCCAGGUUAGUGGCAUUAAAAUGUGGUCCAGGUUAGUGGCAUUAAAAUGUGGUCCAGGUUAGUGGCAUUAAAAUGUGGUCCAGGGUUGUGGCAUUAAAAUGUGGUCCAGGGUAGUGGCGAGCUGAUGCUUGUUCCUGCACCCAGCUCAGAGAACGACUCACCCUGAUACCGGGCUGUGCACUUCACUGCAUGUGACCACUUGUUGCCCGAAUGAACCUGCUGACAUCUGUACUGUCAUAUAGUUUCCCAGGUAAAAAAGGAUUGGUAACACUUUACUUAACACGUCAUGAACAUGACAUACUGUAAUCAAAGAAGCUGGAUCUAUAACAAGAAGCGUCAUUUUGUUUCCUUUCCGGUAUCCACUUUAUGUCGGGUGAACGCCCCUUUAGGAGGCCUUCGGUUAGGAGACCUUCGGAGUCCUGAGGUUGAGAAUCAAUGAAGUCCCCUUAGCGCUGUAGAUGGCGGUAGCGCAUGUCUUGUGCAAACACCUCAAAAAGAGAAGAAGAAGCAGGGGACAACGCCCCCUUAGGAGACCCAACUUGAGCACACGCUUUUGCAUUGAGUGGGCGUGUUUUGCGUUAUCUUCCUCUUAUCCAGUAUUUUUGCUGUAAUGGUGUUUUAACGUUGUCAUAACACAGUCCUGCAUCAAAUGGUAAUGCAUCCCGUGAUGGUAAAGACAGCCCUAACCAUGUUAACUUUUCAUGACCAUAAACCUUUUAUGACAUUGA